GUCCACCGAACCCUACAAUUAGUAGGCGAGAUUCGUCCGCGGCAUCGAUUCGUUACGAGAUUAUCGUUCCGCGGAUUUUCCUUGCAAGCCUUCGCCGGGUGUGAUUUUGGCGCGUGACACUUUUGGCACGUGACACUUUUGAGCAUUUUGAGCUGGUGACGGAUGGGCUGACAUGAACUGUGCGUACUACCAGCAGCAUGGGGGCGCGCCCGCGCCUCACAGUGUCAACAGUAACUAUUUCAAUGAGGAACACCCGAGCUUACGCGGCACGCCGCUGGCGAUGCUCGCGGCGCAGUGCAACAAGCUGUCGAGCAAGUCUCCGCCGCCGCUCGCCGACGCGGCCGUCGGGAAAGGAUUCCAUCCGUGGAAGAAGAGCCCCGGCACGCACUCCCCGCCCGGUGCCGGCCUCGCACCGCGCUCCCAGCCGCCCGCCUGCGCGGCGUACGCGCGUGCUCCCACCUCGUGCGCCGCCGCACCCGCCUACGGCAACGACCUGUACUUCCCCUCGUCCGGCGACCAACUCCUCGGCAAAAGCGAAUCGAGCGCGAGCCUCGGCUCCAUGUACUCGAGGCAUCCCUACGAGUCGUGGCCCUUCAACGUCGGCACAGGAGGCAGCAGCGGCGCGCUCAAAGCUGCCGAAAUGGGCGGCGUCAGCGCCGUCGGCAGCGCUUGGUGGGACGUUCACAGCGGAUGGCUCGACGUAGGAGGACAGAUGGCCAACUACGCCGGACAGGAUUACUCCCAGCUGACACAUUCCCUUUCGGGCGGAGCUCAUUUGCUUCCUCCGGCGCCUCAUCUCUUGCAAGACGCUUACAAAUCGGUCCUACCGACUCAGGGCUCAUUCGGUCUGCACGGGCCCGGUUCCCCCGCGCCGACCGCCCAGGCGCCAUCACCGAGAUCCCAAAGAAGAUACGCCGGCCGAGCGACGUGCGACUGCCCCAACUGUCAAGAAGCGGAACGCCUCGGCCCCGCGGGCGCUCACCUCCGCAAGAAAAACAUCCACAGCUGUCACAUACCCGGGUGCGGCAAAGUGUACGGAAAGACGUCCCACCUAAAAGCUCACUUACGCUGGCACACCGGCGAGAGACCGUUCGUGUGCAAUUGGUUAUUUUGUGGCAAACGGUUUACACGUUCGGACGAGCUACAGCGGCAUUUGCGAACGCACACGGGCGAGAAAAGGUUCGCGUGUCCGGUGUGCAACAAGCGGUUCAUGCGGUCGGAUCACCUCGCGAAGCACGUGAAGACGCACAACGGAGGCAAGAAGGGCAGCUCGGAUUCAUGUUCAGACUCAGAGGAGAACAGUCAAGGCGAGAGCGGUCUCGGGGGCCGGUCGCCGGAGCACCCGCUGGACGUGAAGCCGGGCACGCUGGUGUGACGCGGGGGCGCGGCGCUCUGCGUGCCGCACCAUGCCUCGCUCCUGUGAUACCCUGGCCGCGCGACCGGCCGCCGCCUGUACAUAGCGACAUAUCAAACACUGUGUAACAUUCUGUGUAAAUUGUGAAUUGAAGACUUACUAGUAGCAGUGUGACCGCUGCCUUAAUAGUGAAUUGUGAGAUUUGAAAGUGUACAGUUUAGAAAUAGAUAUUAUUAAAUAUUGUCUAUUAAUAGUAAUAACUGGAUAUUAUAUUAUAAUUAAUAUACAAUAAGUAGAAUCGCACUGUUAGUCCGAAAUCGCAGUUGUAAUUUAUUUAUAUAAUUACGAUUUAUCUACUUAAGGUGGAUUCUUGUAAUACCGUGCAGGAGCCGGACUGGACCAUUUUGUGUACUUACACUCACGACCUCGGGGGUGCCCGGACUGUAUUUAUUGUAUAGAAAGUCAAACAAGUGUGUCCUCUGAUCCGCGUCGUACGGAUUUUAUCUACUGUAAAAAUUAAAAGUCCAUUGGAUGCGAUGCGUCCGAUACGUACGAUGCGGAUAAGUGGACGCUUAACUUUGCAAACCACUGUCCUUGGCCUGCACGAUCUUACCUGAAUCGACCUUUAUUUGUAAAGUAAGAUAUUAUUAACAUUUCUAUAAUAAUUACCUCAGCAAAAACAAUAGCAAAUUGUAUUUAUAUUAUAUUUUUGUCUAUACCUAAUAUAAUUCAUUGUUAAUUUUUAAAUUACAUUUAAAAGAAGUUUAUGUAUGAAAUACUGUUCAAAUAAUUCGUUAGCAGAUACUUCAACAGUAUACAAACUAAAAUUACCUGUAAAGCUGUUCUUUUUAGGGUUCCGUAUUUCAAAAAGAAUAAAAUGGAACCGUUCGAAGUUCACUUUGUCUGUGUCCCUUUAUUCAAGUCAAGUCAAGUUGAAACUUAAACCGUAUUUUUAUUUUUCAAUUAAAAGUUUACGGUCCCAUGAAGUUGUGUAAAAUAAAUCUUCUAAGUUUACGUAAAAAAAUAUAUGGCCGUCUAUUCAGCAAAAAAACGCAUAUUUAGACACUCAACGGGAUUUAAAAUUUCCCGUUGACCUAUGAAAUAUAACAAGUAACAUUAUACAAGAAAAUACAAGAAACAAUCUCAUACCAUACAUUUGUAAUUAAAUCUUUAAAAAAAGGGAACAGAAGAUCUGUAGCUCGGGUUAGAAGUGUCUGUACCUAAGCAUACAGUAGUAAAACGAAUUGUUAUUUCAAUGGUUGGCCAUGAACUAUUGUGAACAAGAACAGUUUUUUUAAUGAUAUAUUUUAUUUAUAAGAUAAAUCUGAUAAAUAUGACAAUCUUUGUAAAACAAUAAUUAAUUCCACCAUGUAAAUGUCACAAAGUAUUGUGACAAUGAGAAACAUGUUCAAAAUUCUGAAUUUGAAAUUUUCUGAAGAUAAGUCCGAUUGUUAUAUAAUUUUACUAGUGAAAAUUGAAUUUUAAUUAUGGUUUUGUAAUUCUUGAUUUUAAAAAAAUAAUCCCAAUGAAUAUAGCUAAUAAAAAGUGCUAUUUUAGUCUAGAAGAUAUCUCUGUAAAAUACUAUUUGUUAUAUUGUGUACAAAAUUGUGCGAAUAAAAAAUGCCUGAUAUGAUUUUAUAAAAAUUGAAAAUAUAUAUUUUCCGAGUGGA